AUGAAUCAAGUUGAUGUAUCUAGUGAUGUUAGAUUUUGGUCAGAUUAUGUAAUUUUGUCUAAAAGAAUUGCUGUUGAUGAAAACUACUACGAAGACGAGUUUAUCAAGUACUUCUCACCUAAAGGAUUUCAGGAUUCAAUUCUAAGCAUUGGUAUGUUCAUGGGAUUUUAUACCUUUUUAGCAAGCUAUGCUAGAGUUGUUGGAAUUAGAACACUUGUUGAGACCUUCUUAUCACAUUUUCCAGACCAAACUGUUCAAUUUGUUAAUCUUGGUGCUGCACUUGAUACCACAUCUUUAUAUUUACUAUCAAAAUAUCCUAAUGUUGUUUGUUUCGAUUUAGAUCUCGAGAAUGAAAUUCGAGCCAAAAUUGAUAUAAUAACACAGACUGAAGAACUUUUAUCACUAUUUCCCAAUCACAAAGUUGAUACAUUAGAUUUCUAUUCCCAACGAUAUCACAUCUUUGAGUGUGAUUUAAGAGAUCUUAAGAACCUUCAGAAAUUAAUUGAUCAUGGAUUUUCUUAUGAUUUACCAACUAUUUAUUUGAGUGAAUUUGUUCUUACAUAUUUAGAAAAUCAUUUAUCAAACGAGGUACUCCAUUAUGGUGUUACGUUACGGUGCUUGUACACACCACUAACCCCUAAAGGGGUAAUAGUUAUCCAGUUAUUCCCCUACCAGACCUAUAGUUAUCCAUUUAUCUCGUUAAUCACUCAACACCGUUUCAUUAUUUAUUCAUGUAAAUUUAGGUUAUUAAACAUUUUUGUGAUAAUUCUAAAACUUUUUGUAUUUUCAUUGAUUUGGAAUAUAUUAGGCCAAAUUCAUCUUUAUUUAAAUGGAUUUAUUCGAUAUUGGGACAACACACUAUCAUGUAUAGUUUGUCUGAGUAUGACAGUCAGGAAUCUCAAAAUCAACGAUAUAAAGAACUUGGUUGGGAUGGUUUAUUUUCCUGUGAUUACAACUUUAUUUAUAACAAUUUUAUCGACAAAUUUGAACGGAAACGUCUCAGAGUAUUAUUAUACCCUAAGUAUUGAGAACUUUAACCACAUGGAACUAUUGGCAUUAUAUUUCAGUCAACCUUUAAUAAUUGUUUCUUAUAAACAUUUUGAUAAUGAAUUAAAAGACAAGUUUACUAGACUUUUUAAGGAAAAUGGUAAUGAUAUUGAUGAGGAUGACGAAUUGUUACCCUAUUUUACUGAUGAGUAUUUGGAAAAAGAACGUAACCUCGACUACCUUCAUGAUUGUUUCACUAGAUUUUGUGGAGACAUUUUCACACAGAAACUUUAA